AUGUCCCUAAAUCGUAUCUCCUUCCUGGAAGGAUGGGAGCGCAACCCCGCAGCCUUUCUCAGCAACCCAGAAUCGGAGGAUUCGGAUCCGGACUCCUACCAAGAUCUGCCCGAAGGAUCCGUGGCAUCUUCAUUUCCCUCCACAUACGGCAUAUUGAAUUUCAACCCGUAUUCGGGGCCAGGUUGGAAUGAGAGCCCGGAGGAGCCACAUGAAGAUCGAUUCUCGUUUCUCGGGCCCUCGUUCCUUGGACUCUCACCGACGAGUACCCGUGACGGACGUGCGGGUGCAUGUUCAGCGCAGAGGCUGGGAUCUGCAGAGCGGACUGUGCACCCGGAUCCAGGGACGACCGUUGCUCGGUCGCCUUGGGUGGAUACCACGGGUGCCUAUGAAGUAAGCACUGUUAGAAGGAUUGCCCAGGUUUGGACGGCAGUUGUAUACUGUUUCCUAGCUGCUGGAGUCGUUUUCGGCUUUGCGGCUCUCAAGCCCAUCCUGAUUCGAGAGAAAGUAUAUCGCAACCUCUGCUCCGAAGCGGAGCUGAAGGAAGAUGUCGAUGUCUGUUAUGGACAGGAGAUCCGAUUGAACCUGAUGUUUACCAUCGCCGCUGUAGUAACCAAUGUCUCAGCCCUGCCCGUAGGAACCAUCCUAGACACGUAUGGACCACGAGUCAGUGGAAUUAUCGGCAGUCUCUGUCUCGCCAUUGGAGCAGUGCUCUUUGGGACAGCCAGCACGCUUCCAUUCGAUGGAUACAUCCCAGGUUACUUCUUUCUCGCACUGGGUGGACCAUUUGUGUUCAUUCCAUCUUUCCAUCUCUCAAAUGCUUUCCCCACCCGAUCCGGCCUGAUCCUAUCAAUGCUGACAGGGGCUUUCGAUGCCUCGAGUGCUGUAUUCCUGAUUUUCAGGCUGUUAAGCGACCACACCGGAGACCUCGUAUCAAUCGACAAUUUCUUCGCGGUGUACCUCAUCGUGCCAAUGUUCAUCAUCGCAGUACAGAUCUUCAUAAUGCCAACAACAUCGUACAAAACCGCAGGUGAGCUCGUGCAACAAGCCGAAGCGCAGGUCGCAGAUGAGAUGCACGAUCGUAUAGACGAGUCCAACGACCGCAGCGAGAGCGAGCGCCAGCGUUUAAACCGUCGACUCCAUCGCCAAAACAUCGUCAGCAAUAUCCAAAAUCUGCUAGACAAUGGGACAGCAUCUGUGUUAUCCGGAAAUACCAUCAACGACGCCGUCUUCCACACCAACAUCGACGCACCACUCGACAUCGAUACCACUACUAGAGGAACCCACGGGACUACAACCCCUCACUCCCACACGCAAGAACAACAACAACAAUCAACAACCCCCAAUCCGACACCAGGCGGGAUCUGGGGCGUUCUUCACGGCCACAGCGCACUGUACCAACUACGCACACCAUGGUUUACACUGAUAACAACCUUCACAGUUCUAAUGAUGCUACGAAUCAACUACUUCGUCGCAACGCUGCGCUCACAAUACACCUACCUGCUCUCCGCCGAGACAGCCGCACAAAUCAACUCCGCCUUCGACAUUCUCCUACCAAUCGGCGGACUCGUUUCCGUCCCGUUGAUCGGCACGUUCCUCGACAUCUUCCAGACACGCACUGUGUUAUUUAUCCUGGUGGUGCUGGCAACUACCAUUGGUGUGCUGGGUUGUAUACCCCAUCCGACCGCGGCAUAUGGAAAUAUCAUUCUCUUCGUGUUAUACCGACCGUUCUAUUACACCACUGUAUCAGACUACGCGGCCAAAGUGUUUGGAUUUGCGACGUUUGGGAAAGUGUACGGGCUUAUCAUUUGUCUUGCGGGUGUUGGGAAUUUUGCGCAGGCGGGACUUGAUGCGCUUACGUUGAGGGUUUGGAGGGGGAAUCCUGUUCCUGUUAAUAUUGGGCUUACGGUGUUGGUUGCUGGGGUUGGGGGUUGGCUUGUUGGGUUUGUUGCUUAUCAGACGGGUCUUUUGGAGGUAAAGAGGAGGGGUAAGGGUGAUCACCCUGGUCAGAGUUCGGAUGCGAGGGAGAGGGAGCCCUUGUUGAGAAAUGAAGAACGCGGGAGAGGGUAUGGGGCUUGA